GGUUUGGAGAUACGAGUCAAAAAGCUGCAAUAACACAUAUUCUAGUUACCACGGAAGCAAGUGCCUGUGUCAAUUGGCUUAUUCAAAAAAUAAUUAAUGCUUACAGUCGCCCAACUUUUGAAAAUAUUGGAUUGAUCCUUCAUUUGGCACUGCAUGAACCUCAACUGCAACACAUGCAUGCCAAAGACAGAGGGAUAAACAUUGUUGUCCUCUCAUGUGCACCCUCAUCAAUUACACGCAAAACAAGUGCAGUAUUCCUCUUGGUGGAGCAGAUUCGUGUUGGUUUUCUCAAACUAUUUCUGAUCCAAACUCUACAAUUUGACAAACGAAAAUAUGAUUUGAACCGAACACAAGAAACACACAUACCCAAUGAAACUGGGCCGAUAACCAUGUUAAAA